AGAACAGACGAGGAGGAGUGGAGAACAGACCGGAGAGCGUUAGCUUUAAAUUACCUUUCAACACAGAUGCACUGAAUACCAAGCUACUAUGCAAAAAGGGAUGCUGGUGUCGAGAAGGGAGAGAAAUGCCCUUAUCGGUCGUCUCGGCAAUAACAAUAUAGCACGCGCCCUUUACAAAAGUAACUGAUAUCGCACAAAAGCAGCAGGGAAACGGAACGAGGAGAGAGCAGCGGCGAACUAUGCACUGAGGAUGAUUUCUGCCAGAAAAACUCCGGAGAAAAGUCGCUACCACCUGCAUUAUCUGGUGUGGAAUAACAAACACCGGCAGCUGGAGAAAGAGCUCUCAGCGCGCGAGCAGGUCGAUUUGGAAGUGUUGGACCCGCGGGGCCGGACUCCUUUGCACCUCGCAGUGACGCUGGGCCAUUUAGAAUGUGCCCGUUUGCUAGUUCAGCACGGAGCCGAUGUCAGCAAAGAAAACAAAAAUGGUUGGACAGUGUUGCAGGAAGCCAUCAGCACACGAAACCCAGAGCUGGUACGGCUGGCGCUCCGUUACCGUGACUACCAGCGCACCACUAAACGGCUGGCAGGGAUCCCGCGUCUGCUGGAGAGACUCCGACAGGCACAGGAUUUUUACGUGGAGAUGAAAUGGGAGUUUACCAGUUGGGUUCCUCUGGUGUCGCGCAUCUGUCCGAGUGACACAUAUCGAGUAUGGAAGAGUGGCCAGUGCCUGCGGGUGGACACAACACUCAUGGGAUUUGAGCAAAUGACAUGGCAAAGAGGCAAUCGCAGCUUCAUAUUCAGAGGUCAAGACUCCAAUGCCAUGGUAAUGGAAGUGGAUCAUGACAGACAGCUGGUGUUUUGCGAGACGCUGCCAUGCAUCUCUUCCUCUUCCAGCUCGCCCUCCCCCAAAUCCUGCACAACCUCUUUGAACCUUUUAGGGGCGCUGCAGCCUAGCGAUGAACAGGUAGCGGCCCGUCUAUCCGCACCAGUAGUGGCCACCCAGCUGGACACCAGGAACAUCUCCUUUGAGAGGAAUAAAACAGGAAUUCUUGGCUGGAGGAGUGAGAAAACGGAGGUGGUGAAUGGCUAUGAAUCAAAGGUUUACUGUGCCUCUAAUGUCGAAUUGAUCACACGAACGCGUACCGACCAUCUUACGGACCAGCACAAAACAAAACCCAAAGGCGGCAAGACACCUCUGCAAUCCUUCCUGGGUAUCGCUGAACAGCACAUGGGGCCGAACAAUGGCCACACUAUGGUGACUCAGAUAUCAUGCCCCACAACGAACCCUCUGGCCGUGACGGCUGACGAGUACUUUAAUCCCACCAUGAGUCAGAGAGACAUCGGCCAGCCCUGUUACCUCACCACCAAAACACAAAGGUUCAAAGCUAAGCUGUGGUUGUGUGAAUCGCACCCACUGUCUCUGGCGGAGCAGGUGGCUCCUAUCAUUGACCUCAUGGCCAUCUCCAACACCCUGUUCGCUAAGCUUAGAGACUUCAUCACCUUACGCCUGCCUCCGGGCUUCCCUGUCAAGAUAGAAAUUCCCAUCUACCACAUCCUGAAUGCUCGAAUCACCUUUGGGAACCUGAAUGGUUGUGAAGAAGGUGGUUUGCCACGGGUAGAGACUGAAAGCGAAGGACAGAAAGAGAGUCCCAGGACAGAGACACCCUCUCCAGGCAGCGACUCUUCUAGUGUGUCGAGCUCCAGCUCCACAAACUCAUGCCGUGGAGGAGAGAUUCCAGCUUGUGUGUUCGAGGCUCCUCGAGGCUACAGCAUUUUAGGAGGAAACCAGAGGGAGAACAUUAGAGAGGAGGAGGAUGAUCUGCUACAGUACGCCAUCCAGCAGAGUCUGAUAGAGGCCGGAUCAGAAUAUGACCAGGUGACGAUCUGGGAGGCUUUGACCAACAGUAAGCCAGGAACACACCAUCUGUCCUGUGACCCCAGUCGGCACGAAAGAACCCCACAACACAAAGCCAGCUCCGUGGAGAGCCCUCGCAGCACACCGACCAAUAAACCACAGUGCAGCUACGACGAGCAGCUUCGUCUCGCCAUGGCCCUGUCUGCCCGAGAGCAGGAAGAGGCGGAGCUUCGCCAAAGGCGCGAGGAAGAGGAACUGCAGCGUAUCAUACAGCUGUCACUCAUGGAGAAAUGACAGAGCUAUCAGGAACCGAGGGGUGGGAGAGCAUGCCUGGGAUCUGAAACCAACGUAAAUAGCGAUGGGUUGCUCCCAAAAGCCCCACCCCCCUCUUCUUCCAAAGAACUGCAUAAAAUGGGCUGCUCUCUGGUCCAAUCUCCAACGAGUCACAGAGAAAUCUUCACUCUGCAAGUUUACAACACAAACUACUAAACUCAUGGCAAUCCACGGACUGAUCAGCACUGGUCUCCUACUGUGUGAAUGUGCAUUUAUGACUGAGACGGUCUGCACUGCGUAUCUUGGCGUCAUUUUUUUAAAGCCAUCAUCCAAGCACUGCCCAGUUCUCAGUGGUGGGUUUGAGUUCUGGGGGAUUUGUGUCACUUUUUUAAUUUUGCAAUAUGGAUGUAAAGAACUUUAGUUCUGGUUGUUAAUACACAAAAAAUACACUGCACUUGGUUUGUGGAGCCGUAAUGUCUCCUAAUAGAAGGUCCAUGGGCACAUUUCUUGAUGGAAAUGCUGCAAUCAUACAAAAGAAAAACAGAAAAUGACUGAGUUAUACAACCAUGAGUUGCUUACUAAUACUUAAAAACAAAAAUCACAUUUGAAUUCAAACUAAAGUCCAGUUUACAUGUUCAGCACAGAAAUAUGAUCCAAGUUAGUCGAUUGGCAGAAGUAAAAUGACAAUGCGCUCUUUUAGAGUAGGAGGUGCUUAUGGAAAAGCACAGCACUUUUCCACAAGGUGUGGCUUCAGACAAGUUCAGUGGUCUAGUCUUCGAACAAGUAAACCUGUGAUGUCAGUAGGCAGAGCUUCCACUACACUAAGUUUUGUUGUCGUCACAUUAUUGAUAAAGUGAUUGGUCCGGCACCCUGAGCCCAUUCUGAGUGAAUGCCACCUUCAGAUAUGGUUCAUGUUCUGGAGUAAGACUCUGUCUUCAGCCCGUUCUCUAUGGCAGAGGUCCCUCGGGUCAUAAUCUAAUACCAGGCCACAAGAAUGUAAAAUGACUAUAUGCAAUGACACUGUAAUAUUUAUUGUACAUUUCCCCUUUAAGAGCCCAUAUCCACAUUUAUAUCAGGCUUGAUUCUACAUGUUAAAUUUCAGCAAAAAAAUAAGUAAAAGUGGGAAAAUGAAAGCCAACUUUAGCCAAAAAUAUGAUGAUUCUUAGUAAAAUACAGUUUAGUCUCAGUGACCCAUAUCACAGGAACAUAAUAAAAACAUAAAAACCGAUCUGUGUUAUUAAAAAAGGUUGGAGACCCCUGCUCUAGGACUAGGCAAACUUGUCCCCUAACUGUCCGUGCCUUUUCACAGACUUAAGGAAGGAACCAUAAUACUGCUACCUGGCAUUUACGUGACUAUUUCAAGUCUAAAAACAAACACUGCAGAUCCCAGUGUUUGCUGUAGGCACUUACUGUAACUUCCCACUCAGAAACUCUGAUCCACAGUGGAAAUGCAUGAUACCUUUAAAAACUUAAAGCCCGGAGUUGAAUUGUCAAUGGAAAUUGAUUAUCUCAAGCUCACAGAUAUAGCAUACAGCAAUGCUCAACUUGAUGAUAUGAUUGUUAGAAAACAACAUUUUUUGUUCUUGCAAGAGUACUGUAGCUGACUCUUUUUGAAUUCCACCAAGUCAUAGUUUUAAAUAACAGCAUCCCAAAUCUUAAGCCCUGUUUACGCCAGACAUUAAGAUGCAUUUCCAGUGAUUAAUCUCAAGUGGUCAGCUGAGACACAUUACCAUUUACACCUGCUCUUAAAAUACGUCUCAUGUGACCACUUGUAUUGAUUACAAUUGAAUAAGGCCAUUUUCUUGCUUACAAGAGAGAGUGGAACAAACAGAUUCAACACUGAACAUUUGCCAUAGUAUGUUUUGACUCACUCUCACAUGCAAAAAGUAAGAUGGAAAAGAGAAACUAAAGAAACAUCGCACUGCCAUCUUGUAAAGCAGUGUUUCUCAACCACGUUCCGGGAGGACCACCACCUCUACACAUUUUCCUUGUCUCCCUAACCAAACACAUCUGAUUCAGAUCAUCAGCUCAUUAGCAGAGACUGAAAGACCUGCAAUGGGUGUGACAAAGAAGACAUCUUAAAUACACAUGCAUCCCAGAGUAUGCCAAAGGUUCCAGGAUGGUUUACUAUUUCCAGUAAAGAUUUAGAGUGUAGAACCAUCCAUACUCUAACUGCUGAUGUUGCCCACAGUACAUUGCGCGUUGGAUGUGAAUUCCUUUAGAACUACAAACGCAGAUGAAAAGUGAAAAUAAACUACAAACAUGGUGCACACGCAAGACCAACCAUCAAGUAAAGAGGCUUCGGUAAUGUUUGUAUGACUGUUAAUUAAUAUCUAGCCAACUGGAACAUAUUUAAAUCACGUUUUCAUCUGCAACAACAAUACUGAACUUAUAUAAAGAAGUGUUUGGACAUUAACAUCUGAAUGCAGAAUUAUCCAAAGAUCGCUGAACUAUAAGAGACCCAACCGCAAAAUGUACUGCAAAAAAUAUUUGUUGACAGCACUUUACCAGCAAUUUUAAACAGACAGAGAGAGAGAGAGAGAGAGGGAAAAACAUUACCUGAUGGAUCGUUGGUAAGAUGUCCGGAAGAUGACCAUGUCGCAGUUUAGCUAAAUUAAUUCACGCCUCCUCCUGAAGUGACGUGCGAUGCGGCUUCGCUGUUUGCAAUGCAUUAAAACAUUGUUUUCCAUUCACAGCCACGCUUCAUUCUCAAAAUGUAUAGUUUGUCUAAAGUUAUAUAUACAAACUAUAUAGUAUACUAUGACCAGGGAUACAAUCAGCCAGUGCAGUUGUCCCUGCAUAGUAACAUUGUGUGUCUGCUGGUUUGUUUACUUGAGGGUGUUCCAUUGGCAUUUUCCUGCACAUUAAUUCUGACCAAUCGAAAAGCAGUUUAGGAAAUACGUUCAAUAACAUCUGGCCAGGGCAACGUGGUGGCGCAGUGGGUAGCAUGUUCGCCUGACAGCAAGAAGGUCGCUGGUUCAAGCCUCGGCUGGGUCAGUUGGCGUCUCUGUGUGGAGUUUGCAUGUUCUCCUUGUGUUUUUUGCAUGGCUUUCCUCCGGGUGAUCUAGUUUCCCCCACAAGUCCAAAGACAUGUGGUACAGGUGAAUUAGGCAUGCCAAAAUUGAUCUUAGUGUAUGAGUGUGUGUGUUUCCCAGUGAUGGGUUGCAGCUGGAAGGGCAUCCGCUGCGUGAAACAUAUGCUGGAUAAGUUGGCAGUUCAUUCCGCUGUGGCGACCCCAGAUUAAUAAAGGGACUAAGCUGAAAAGAAAAUGAAUGAAUGAACAUCUGGCCAAUGAGUGAUAUGGAUUGUCACAUGACUGCAUUUUGGUUCUGUUCAACUGGUUUGGACCAAAGCAUUCAGUGUGGUGUGAAAAGGACCCCAAAACAGCAGCAACAUGUUAUAAUUAUCAUGAUCAUCAUAGUAUCAUUUCAUGCCCUUGGUCCAGACCCAAUGAACCGAACCACAGAUGUGAAAGCACCCUUGGAGUGAACAUAUAUUAAUCUGAUUCUUCACAUCCUCAAGUUCAAUUUUAUACAAUCCUUUCCAUAUUGGUGGAAGAUCAGAACAGUUUCAAGAGGCUGAAUCACAGAGCGGGCCCAACACAGGUGAUGUCAGGGGGUCCAGAAACCAUAGAGUUGGCCCCAUCCAGCCUCUACCAGUUUUUGCAGAGUAUAAGCGCCCUAGCAGGACCGUCAUUAGCAUUAUUUUUAAUUAUUGACCAGACUGAAUAUUUGAAUAACUGAGAAAUUAUUCUACUGGUGCAACUGGCAGUUAAGAAGGUUGAAUAGGAACCAAACAAGCCAUCUUUAGAUACACAUAACUUAUGAUUUAAUCAUUCCUUUGAAUCUGGAUUAAAAUAUCAUUGCAAUAUUCCUCAUUUCUGUCCUAAAAGCAUUUUUUUUGGGUGGGGACAAAACAACAACAACAAACACUAUAGGCGUACAACACAGUGUGCGUGCUCUACUUCAAAUGGUGCUAAGUGGAUCUUUCAUAUUGACUCUUGGAUACGUUAAUCAGUGUAAUUGUCAUGACAUGCAUUCAUCCGUCUGUUCAAUCGCUCGACAACAUCGUUUCUUUUCUCGGUCUCCGUUCAGCAUUACCAUCAGAGCUCAUUGUCUCAUGACUGGAACACCUGCGGUAGCUAAUCAAAAAUCUAAUUGUGCUUUCAUAAGGGGCGCCAGUUCUGGAAUAAAACAUGAAAGGAGGAAUCACUCACCGAGAUAAUGCCCCGAGCCAAGCCGAAGCGGAAAGUUUUAUUGGAGAUUCUUAAAAUAGACGUUUUCUCCUUAGUCAGAUUUAUUCUGGGCCUGAGUGACGUGCCCUCAGGGUUUGACGUAUCAGGUAAAUCUGAAACACAAAUGAGGAAACAUGGCCAUACUCCGCGUCUGAAAAGAUUCAAAAAGCACAAGAGACUGAGCGUUAGUUAGUUAUUUAUUUUUUCAAAGGAAACAGAUGUGAUGGCGGCGUCUGGAGAGAGAGCUACUAUAAUAACUCGUGAUUGUGACUCGUGAAUGCCGGGAUUCAGUCAUUAAGAAAUACUUGAUAUGACUUGACGUUUUAGUAUAACAUAUUAUAAAAGCAUUAUUUAUAUUUAACCUUUUUCAUCUAAAUUUGGUUGGCGCUGUGGUUUGUGUGGAGUACUGCUGUUGUGUUUGUAUGUGACGGAAUAUAUUGUUCACAUUUGUAACUUAAAGGAAUUCUGAAUAAAU